GUACUACUAUACAAUUCAUACACCAAAGAACAAAGAUGAAAUCUAUUCUAGUGAACUUCAGAGCACAUGUAAUCCCAACUGGGUAGAAUUACAGCAGGAGAACAUCAGUCCAAUAAAUCUGAGAUCUUUAAAAGGCAUUAUCAUUAAGUUGUGGUUCAAGCCGGAGACAGAGAAAGAGAAAGCUCAACUGGUGACGUCGUGGGGUAUACAUUUCAGUGGCCUUAUCCCCAUUGGCCCAGUCUUGCCUUAUGACCAUGAUAAUUACGAACCCAAUACCCUGGUCCUCAAGCUGAGGCAUAUGUUCUACACAGCUCCUGGAAGCUACCACCAGUCUGAGCCAGGGAAGUUACUACCUCUGCUACGCUUUGGGUUUUCCUUGCCACUCUCAGAAACAAAGCGCUGCUAUACAGUUAGUUCUUUGUCAAGAUUACACAGCACGAAACGAGCUCAAAGACAACAAGAAAUCAGAUGUCAAGAGACAAACGAAGUCCUUGAGAUGCGAGGCGUUACGAGAACCUCACGGGCCUCACAGUUAGCUGCUGAGGUCGAAGACUACAGAGUUAAAGUUGCACUUCUCCGGGAACAGCUCGAGGCUGAAAUUGAUCAGCUGAGGGCUCUUAAACUUUCAGCUGACAAUUUGGAUAAUCAAAACCAAGAAAAAGGCCUGGAGUUAUUGGGAGGAUACCAGGGACUUCACAGGCAAUUGGUCCAUGUCAGAGGCCUGCAGGAUGUAACCAGUGGUGACUGGGAGAGCCUUAGAGAGGCAUGCACCUGUCUUGGGGAGUGGCGCAGAAUGCUUGUGUCCCAGUUGCCCUUGAUCUACCCAAUUACUCAAGACAGUGAUGGCAAGAAGUACAGGAUAUGCGGUGUCCAUUUGCCAGAUGCGGAGAACUAUGACAACUGUAAUGAAGUGGCUCUUAGUGUAGGGCUUGGUUUUGUAGCACAUUUGAUUGUCCUGAUGGCACACCUCUUGCAUGUACCCUUGCGCUACCCUGUUACUCCUAAUGGAUCGCUGGCCACCAUCACCGACACCACUUCUUUACAGCUUCGUGACAGUGAGCGGGAGUUUCCUCUAUACACUCGGGGAAAAGAGAGGGAGAAGCUGCAUUUCCAAUAUGGUGUGUUUCUGCUCAAUAAGAACAUUGCACAGAUACGAUGGUACUGUGGCAUUCCAACACCAGACCUCAGGCAAACUCUGCCAAAUCUGAGUGCUCUUAUGAUGAAGAUUACUCAGUCCAGCAUUGGUGGUAACCAGCCAAUGGCAGUGAUGCCAGAUGUUCUAGUGCCUCCUCCUGCAUCACCUGUUCCUGUAAAUCUUGAAGUUCGAACUCCUGCAACUCUCUUGCAUCAGCAACGGUCUCCUCGCCUCCCUCUGAAUCCCUUGGCUCGCAGCACAUCUCAGGAUAAUACAAAGGUUCCCUCAAGUAUUGCUGACCCUCAGGAGAGCUCUGCAGAGUGGAAACUGGGUAAAUCUGAUAGCGAGACCGAUUCCACCAGUGAGACCUCGCCAAUUAAUGCAUCCCUCUAUGUAAGAGAAGCAGUUCCUCUGAGUGGAGAAGGUAGAACUGGAAAGUUUGUAUUUGUAGACAAAGUUAACCAUACUCUUGUUGAUUCUGGUCAUGUUGAUCACCAUAAUAUAGAUGAAAGGUUAUCUCAUUCCAAUGGUGUAUCCAAGGCCUUAGGACUCGUACAUGGGUCAGAUCCUAGUUUGACAGCAAAGAAAGAUCGAAGCUCUGCUGAGGAAGCAGAGGACGACGGCUUACCUGUUUUCAAAGAACAGACAACAGAGCUACUUAGGUCAUGGCAUGAAGAUGCUCCAUCUCAUUAUGAAGGUGUUUCAGAGCUUGGUAGUUCGCGAAAGUUAGAGGAAGUAGGCGUAGAGUGCGAUGAGUCUUUCAUGUGCCCUGCCUCCAAGAACAACCCACCCUUCUCAAGACAAGAUGCCCUAAUAUGCAACAGUAAUAAGUCCAUAGAGUCUGUAGAAUCCCUAGAAUCAAAAUUAAUUGGGGGAAAUGAGAAUGAAAAAGAUACAAAGGAUUCAGCAGUUAGUGUUAAAGAAGGGCUUGAAACUGAAAGUGCUGCCCUCACUUUAAAGGAACUUGGAGUAACAGAGGACAUGUUUCUUAAUGAUGUUGCUUUCAGAACAGCUGCAUUAGCUAGUCAGAACUGUAAAAAUUGCUCAAGAUUGGAAGAUUUCAUGAUAGAUUUGCAGAAGGAGAAUACUCACCCAAAAAGACACACUUUACAGAGGGCUAAUAAGAUGAGCAAAUAUGAACCAAAUUUUUGUCCAAAAUUCUGUGAAAUUCGACUCUCUGAGAAUGUAACCCAGAAUACCUCAAAUCAGCAAAGCAGUACCAUUCACAUGUCAGGCAUUUUGAAGUGA